GAGAGCAGAGUGGCGGAGCUGUGUCUUUCUCGAAUACCCGGCUCUGUGUAUGGGAAAGUGGCAGCUGGAAGCCACGCCCGCUAAGUGCAGUUUGCACAGAGCGGGACAGCAAGCGUGUGGUGCUCGGGGACAGGAGCGGUGGGUUUCCUGACACCGCCCCGCAUCUCCCGGUUGAAAAGAUAGAUACGCUUAAGCUCUCAGCCACGCUGGCGCUGCUGGAAACCCAUCUGGCCACGAUCCCCAGGCGCUGGAAGUUCCCACACGCGCGCUGUGGCCAGGCAGCGGCAGCAGCCCGUGCCUGGAGCCAGAGCAAAGAGGGACCAUCGAUGGAAGCGAGCAGGGCUAGGAAGCUCGGUGCUCCGGGCUCCGUUUGUGCAUUUUGAAGUCGAGUCAAGGCUACAAGGGAUGAAAGCAGCCAGAGCAUACAUAGAAAGAAGCGAGGUGGGAGAGAGGCACUGGGACAUGCAGUCCGCAUCCAGCCCCAGGAGUGUCCGGCCUUGCCUCCAGAAUCUGGCGCCUCCGAGGGGAUCCCCCCACCUCUCCGCUCCUAGCUUGCAGGAAAUGAUGGCACACCGCGCUCUGAAAUGAGUACCCCGGAAAAACACCCCUUUCUACCAGGAGAGCAUCCAUCGGGUCACGCAGAGAAAGGAGGUGACUGCUCGCACGGCGCGAGAGAUCCCUUUUGGCUUGGAAACUGACCAGCGAUCUAGACAGCCACCCUCCCCAGCCCCCACUGGCCCGCCCCUGGCAGCUGGACCCAGGAUGCCGGACGAAGCGCCCGAAAACACCCAUUCUGCCUCUGCCAGGGUCUCGUCUUUUUUUAUCGAGAAUUUGCUGGGGACGGAGGGGAAAGAGAGCAGAGAGGAGCGGACGCAGGGAAGCACUGAGGAUGGCCACAAAGAGACGCGGCCGCACGGCGGAAUAGCCGGCAGCCAUUGCGCGCAGGUCUGCUGCCAAGUCUCUCCGUUUGGGUUCAGCUCACAGAGCUAUCCGCUCAGGGAUAGUACAAUGGAGUGGUACCGAAGAGCGCAGGCUAGUUUUAUAGGAUGCGCCAGUCCAGACACCAGUGACCGCGACUCUCCCGAGAUCUCGGAGGAGGCAUCCGCGGGCAGGUCCGGGGGCUGCAGGAAAGAGGCAGACGAUCUGGGCUCGGCCGAGAGGAGAGAGGCGUUCGCUUGCGGCAGCACCAGCCGGGAGGAGGAGGACAAAGGCGAGGAGCCGGACUCCGCCGAGCAGAGGGCCGCGGGCCGCAAGAAGAAAACCCGCACGGUCUUCAGCCGGAGCCAGGUCUUCCAGCUGGAGUCCACCUUCGACAUGAAGCGCUACUUGAGCAGCUCCGAGAGGGCCGGCCUAGCGGCCUCCUUACACCUCACCGAGACGCAGGUGAAGAUCUGGUUCCAGAACCGCCGGAAUAAGUGGAAAAGACAACUGGCUGCAGAUUUGGAGGCGGCCAACCUCUCCCACUCUGCUCAAAGGAUAGUAAGGGUGCCCAUUUUGUACCACGAAAACUCGCCUGCAAGUGCUUUAGGCUUCACCCUGCCUCACGUCUCUCCUCCCCUGGUGGGGUUUUCUAACGCUGUCAGCUACCCCUUGGCCACCUUCCCCGCCGCUUCGGUCCCCUUUCUAAGAUCGCAAAUGACAGGACUCGUCUGAGAAUCCAUCUUUGCAAGGACCUUUCCCCUUCUCUCCCAUCUUCCCCCCGCCUCCCAUCAGCCCUGUUCUCCUCCCCUCCCUCCAGAUUUCUUAUGUUGGCUUAUACCUUUCUUGAUUUUAUGCUUUUGGAUUUUAAAACGUGCAAUAAACAUACUUUGGGGGGAACUGUAAAAAACAAAACAAGAGGAGGAAAACCAUCAACUCACUGCCUGUCACCAGGAUGGCCAUGCCUGUCACGUGCCCAAAGAAAAUACUGUCGCGUGGAAGAGUCUUUCCACACCCCUUUACUUACAAAUUAUCCUUUUAACCCCCUUAGAUUUCGACUAUGGAAACAACACUCUUAUGAAUCGAUUUGUUAAACAGACUUCCGUUGUCCUUAAUCUAAAUGCUCGUCGGAGCGAAUCUAACAUGUAGUCUUUGCUGAGCAUGAGAAGAAUGUAAAGAACGCUACAAACUCUGUGCUGACAGUGACAUAAUGUAAUAUUUGGGGGGAUCCCCUCCUUUUGGGGUAAAUCCUACAGUCCCUUCCUGGGAUGGGAGACGAGAGAACGUUAAGAACAGGCUUCACAACUUAUCCCCGAAUCUUCCUUAGUCUUUCGACAUUUCAUAAAACUACCAGGUUAAAGAGACAGGUGGUGGGAUGGGAGAACUUUGGUCACAGUAGGUUGUAAGGACAUAGGCCGUCAGUUAGGCACACCUAUACUAGCAGGUCUACGAGGCUGAAUUUGGACUUCUUUGGUCACUAGGCUGUAUUGUUUCAUUCUUUAAAGCACAUUUUUUUUAUUUUAAUCUGGCUAUCCCAAAUAAUGCAGGACACAUUUACCGGACGCCCUUUCCCUAGCCCCCCAAAUUUCUCCACAAUCGUGAUACUUCCUGUUUAAUAAGUAAAGAUCAUUUUAUUUCCCGUAUUUUAAUUAUUUCAAUGGUUAAAAAUGUCGGAAGCAUGUGAUAAAAUACCUGCUAUUUCUAAAAAUGAAUGGAUUUUAAUUUUAAACAAUUAUAUAGAAAAAAAAAUCUACACUUCAUUCUGACCAGAAGUAGUUUCUCCCCAGCUCUUCAGAGCUACCGGUUAAUAACCAUGGAAAAAAUACCCGUUUAACAUCUGAUGAUGACCAAAAGUGUCUAAUUACCACUUGUUUUGGUCUGCUGACUAACCUAAAGAAAACACAGCGCGGCUUUACUCUUUCAUAUGGCAAGCUGAGAAUUCUCGCUAGUUUUAUGUAAUUGAUGAAUGAUUGGCACUGGCAAUUAAAAUAAAUCAGACGGCUACAGCCUGGGAAAUUGUAGCUUUAGUUACACAAGCUAAUCUGUAAUGUGAUGUUAUAUCAAGUAUUAUGCAUGCCUAAACUACUUCCCCCCUUGAAGAGUUGUUUUAUUUUUCUCUAUCUCUAUUCACUACUAAAAUUAGUACUGGGUCCAUUAUUAUAACUCAGGGCUGGGGUUCUGGGAUUCCUGAUGUUCUGAAUUUAUGAGAGGAUGGAAAGGAAAGGCUUUGUAAAAUUCAGAUUUGGGGAAAGGUCAAGCUUUCAUCCUGUAUAUUAUGGUAUAAUCAAAUGUAAUUUAAUCUACCAGCUCGGAGCACUAUAUGGCUGUUUAGAGGGGCACAGAUUCUGGUGUGUUUGGAGCAUACAUGUGUGGCCUUUUCAUCUGUAAAGAAAGCGAGUGUUCACUCUUAUUUAUGAUCUUAAAUUAUAUGUUCGACAAGCUAGCCUUAUUUCUUGUUAUGAAAUCAAAUAGAAGUUACAAUGGAGAGAAAUCUGUGAUACAAAACCAAGAAUAAUGCCUUGUUCUGGCUAUAACUUUUCGAUAUUUUGCUCUCUCUAGCCAAAAAUAUAACCCUCGAAGCCUUUUUCCCCAAAUGAAUUGAGAACACUAGCAGCAUCAAGAUUAAUUCACACACCGGAGACGAUCCGGUUUAUGAGACAAGGCUAACUUUUCAUAUUAUUUUCCAUAAGGAUUUAGCUCAAUAUUUAUGGAAGUCUUUAUAUUAGUACUUGUGAACGCCCUUUACUAGCUCGAAGCGAUCCUCACCAGUUUUUAUUUGCAUGGCAGUACGGAAAUCCCUCAACAAUUCUAAAAUAUUGUUCUCGAUUAUAGAGGAGUGUAACGGGGGAUUUGAGGAGAGGAGGUUUUGGAAUGCAGACGAUAAUAAUAAUAAACAACCCCCAAAACUCAACUGUGAGGAACUCAAAUCGGAAUUGACAAUGGCUCUUUGGUGUGGAAAAGACAUUUUAGUUCGCGGGAGAGGAUAUUUAUUGCCUAUGCAACAUCUAUUAUUAUUUCGCAGCGUUUGCUUUGAUUACAUUCGAGACACAGGUUUAGGUGGAAGAAGACAGAUUAUUUCUCUGGCCAUGUUCAACUUCACAAAUCGCUCAGUGUUUCCGACUGGAGUAAAUUAUGAUUCACAAUAAUCAUAUCAAAGUAGAUUGUAAGCCAUCGUGCUACUUAACCACCUGCCACUGUCCACAUGCCUUUUGUUUUGAGUAAUUUAUGAGAUGAUUACUAUACUUCUGGUUCGACUCAAUAUUCUGUUCUUGAGGCAGGCCUAAAAGGAUCGAUAGGAUUUUUUUUAAAUGUGGUUUUGACAUUAGUUUGUUUUUUAAAAGACGUGCUGUUAUAUCAAUAAACAGAUUUUUUCAUACACUGUAUUUGCAGCUAUGAUCGUAGUAAAAUAUUAAAAGGUACAAGACGUGAAUUCAUGUCAGGAAAAAGUUCUUCCUUAUGCUUUAUUUUACAUGUCAGUGCUUUGCAUUACAUUAUUAAGAGUUCUUAUUUGCAAGAAAUAACACGCGCACCCCUCUAGUUUAUUUACAGUGGGAGAUGUGUUACUGUGCAAGCUGACAAGAAUCUACAGGGUUCAGAGAGAGGCCUACAAUAAAACAUUUGCAAACAUUGGGGGGAUAUUAUUAUUCUUCAUUUCCUUCGUUUUAAAUGCAAAUCGAUGUUGCAAAACUUUUACCCCAGGAAAACGCCAUGGAUGUUCAUAGUCUAUAUUUAAGUAAACAUUAAGCGGUAAGGCUAACACGUUGUAGUUCUUCUGCACAUAGACGGAUACCCUAAUGACUUUGUUGACAUAUAUUUAUUUUAUAUCAUGACAUAUAGUGAUAUACGUUGCUACUUGUAGCUCAAAGCAACCUCAGAACAGCCUUAAAAUAAAUCUUGUUGUACUACAGCUGCAACAUUCUUAUGCAAUACUCCCUGGCUGCUGGCAUGUAUUUCAUGAAUAAUGCUACAACCGCUUGGCUAGAUGGCACUCAAGAGGCAAAGCUGAACGCGGAUAAAACUUUUGGAUGUGAAUCUGUACAAAAAGUAGCAAAACGCUUCUGAGCUUCCCUUCGUAAACUA